AUGAGUCCCGUUACUGUCAUGCAGAUCAAAGACUAUCAAGCGACCUUGGACUCGCUAUUUGCGUCUCCAACCGAGCGAGCUGUGGUCAUCGGCAAGAUGUCAGAAGCACGACCAGGACCCAAUGCAUUUGCGCAGCAGGCAGCGAGGGCGGAACGCCACCGGCUCGCAGGAAACGCAUUUUAUCAGCAGGAGAUGGAGAGGCGCAGAGUCACCCCGCCAGGUGCAGUACAUCCUGCUCUACGCUCCCACUCCGCCCUGGGCAUUGACAUGCCGGGUCCGCGUGAGUCGACCGUCACGACUAUGCCGCCCUUCCUUAAUUCAGGUAGGGAGCCUUCGCCGCCGUUGAAGCUGGUACCUGGCAUCGAAGCGGGCAUUCUGCCGACAAGGCGCGGUGUCAUUGAGGAGCGCCGCGAGCAGAUGUUGCAUGAAGCGUCUGGCGUGGGCGAGGGGCGCACUCCGGUCUAUCAGACAUUCGCACCUACACCCAAACCGCUUAGUUCCGAGUUUGCUCAGUCAGGCAAGCCAGCAACUCCGCACAAAUCACGUCUUUCUCUGCCGAAGAAAGGCACAACUGCAGGCAACAAUGACCAGCUGCCGAAGAGCCCAAAGCGUAACUUCUUCGACAAACUGCGCAUGACGAAGCUCAAUGGGAGCACCCCUUCCCCGUCAAUGUCUACAUUGGGUAGCACAGAGGGUCUCCGUGUUGAGCAAGACAUGCCGGUCAAAGCCCAGGCGGUGCUUGGUGCCUCGCAUUCAAAGGCCAACCUUACUCGCUCACCGUCUAAGCAGAAGAAGGGCAUCUUCGCUGCGCGCAAGAACACACAAAUGCCCAAUGUCAAUACUUCAGGUUUCGUGAGUGGUGGCAGACCCUCUUCGGCAAAGAGUGAAGGUGCACCGCAAAGUGCCAGUACUGUAACCAAGACGCCGCAGACUGCUUACUCCGACCCUGCACACUACAGUUUCCAAGGUGGCAAGCAUGUUACCUCUCACACUCUCUCCCAGAUCAGCACACGCUCUGAGAACGAAGUCAGAAAGUGCGCCGUGCAGCGCACGCAAAGCUUGAAGUAUUUCGAUUGUGUCGUCCCUCCCACACCGCCCGCGAAGAACACACCGCCCAGUCAGAAAGCUCAGGAGACGGCAGCCGCUGGUUCGAAGUCAACCCGCGUACCUUUCCACCAAACGAUGGAGUCAGAAGGCGUGGUCAGCACCAGCGCGCGUCUCAGCCCAACCAAAUUCGGCAGCUACGGUCGCAAGGAAACACCUGCUCUUGUCACCAGGCCUAGUAUCUACUCAAUGCAUGCUUCCGUCAUCCCUGAGGUGAUGGAGGCUAGCGCUUUCGAAGACAUGAAGUCUCGUCUCGACGGCUUGGGUCUGGAAGGGUUCAGCAUGCCGGGCGAGACGCAUCAUCGCCACCCAGAAAUGGAAUACUCGCCAAGUGUGUACUCCGGUGACUGGACAAACAGAUCGAGUGUGGUAUGGACACCACGUCAGCGACAGCGCUUCUCUAUGAAUGAGUUGCCGAGUGUGGCAGAGACGCCUGCGUCGAAUGGGCACGCUGGUCAUCAGGCGAAGGAGAGCACCUCGAGCGGCGAGAGUAAGGAGAGCAAGAAAACGAUCGAAGUGUUCUAUCCAGACCUGCUCAAGGACACAUCGAUGCAGCAUCCGAGGCCGGAAAGCGUCCUCGAAGCUGGGGAUGCCCGCAAUCGGGAGUUUCGAGCGGAUACCACACUCCACGGUCGAACUCAUUCUCGUGAUUACAGCAGCAGUCCUAGGCAAUCUACCGACGCGAGCUUGUUUGCCAUGCCUGUCGACCCGUCCCCAGCUUCGUUCAGCCAUCAUAGUGCAAUGCCGUCUCCACUGCAUUACCUACCAGCCACCGUCUACACACCACCUCCGAAGGCAAGUCGCAAGCACAACACUACCGCUACCAAAAAGCGUUCGGACUCUGUGUCUCCGUCUCGUGGCGAGAGCCUGCUACAAAAUGCACCGCUAUUGCAAGCUACCUCGAAGGCUAUUAUGAGACCCAUCUUCAGGACAGCCGCAGGUAGACUCCCUGAAGGAGCGGAGAACGUGGAUCCUGCAAAAUCUGGUAUCAGGCAUAGCAACUCCGACAAGCAAGAACAAAUCGUCGAGAUGCUUAACACCCUCAUCGCUCGCAACACUGACAUGGCUGCUAUGCGUGAGGAGCUGCGGGCGGCAAAUGCUCGGCUCGACGCUCGGCUCGCGGCUGUCGAGACUAUGCAUCGAUCGUCGCCGUCCCCGAAUGCUUCAUGCAUUGAGCUCGACGGCCCUGAGCAUGGUGUGGAUAUCAUCAAUCGCGACAGUCAGAUACGCGUACCUACGGACACGGCGCAUGCGUUCUACAAGCUCGGUCAAUCUUCCGACACACCCUCGUCGCCGCCGGCAAGCCUUGCUGGAGCCGGCUCGGAUGAGCUUGCGCAGACAGAAGCGAAGAAGAUCAUGGUGUUGGAGAAGGAGAAUCGGCAGCUUCAGGAACUGAUGGCGCGAUUUGCGGCGGAUAUGGAGCAGAUGAAGAGGAUGCUCGCUGAUAGGCAGUAA